AUGGCAUCAUCUGAUUCGUCUUCAGUAAACGCCCCAAUCAAUAUUAUUAGAAAUGAUCAACAUUGUCCAACACCAAUGCAAUCUGAUAAAGGGUUAAUUCCUAUACUUGAUUCAUCUUGUGCUGUUGCAGCUAUCGACCCCAUAUAUGACAUUGUGACAGAUGAUAAUUUUGAAAUCCCGUAUAACACACAGUCAUAUUCUGAUUCUGGUUCGUUUUCUUAUGUGUCAACUUCAUCAAAAACACCAAAACGGCUACAAUUCCUACAUAAAGAACAUAAAGUUUAUUCGUCCCCCGAUGGUACCAAAUUUUGGACUCCCGACGUUGACAUUCAAUACAUGCCAUCCAUUGGAAGUGUCUUCCAACACUGGGAUGAUGCUAUCAUGAUGUAUAAACAAUACGCUUCAAAGGGUACUACAGUGGAUUUUAAAAAUGUAAGUAGAGACUUUCGAUUAUUCAUUGGUGACCGCGAUGCAAACCUUUUUGUUGACACCUUACAAGCAAGAAGCCAAAACCGUCAAGAUUUCAUCUUUGAAUAUGUUGUUACAAACAACGAGCUUCGUUCCGCUUUCUGGGCUGACUUUGUAUCCUUACGUAAUUAUGAAGCUUUCGGAGAUGUGUGUGGAUUUGAUGCUACAUAUGAUAAAAACAAAUACAAGAUGAUUUUUGUUCCAUUUACUGGUGUUGAUCACCACAAAUGUUGUGUAAUUUUCGGUGCUGGAUUACUAUAUGAUGAAACAAUUGAAUCAUACAAUUGGGUGCUACAAAUGUUCCUUAAAACCCACAAAAAACAACCUUCACUUAUACUUACUGACCAGGAUGCUUCUAUGAAACAAGUUGUGUUAAAUGUAUUCACCGAAUCCACCCAUCGUUUAUGUAUGUGGCACAUAACGGAUAAACUGCCCGCUAAGAUAUCUGGUGAUAUACUUGCAAAUGGGAAUAUGAGAAAAUCAAUACACAAACUUGUUUGGAACUUGUUCAUAACAGUUGAAACAUUUGAAGCACAAUGGCAACUUUUAAUGAAGGAGUAUAAACUUGAAAAUCACAAAUGGUUGACCGAUAUGUAUAACAUUCGCACACGUUGGGCACCAUGUUAUUUCAGAGAGAUUCCGUAA